AUGGAAGAAUGGAUCAAAGGUUUAUUGGCUGUGCCGUUCGUAUUGCAUUCACAGCCAACCGGUGUGUUUGAGUCGAGAAAUGGAACGAUAGGUGAAAUGGCCGAAAUAGCCCACCGACGUUACGCAGAAAUUAUGCAGGAUGUUGAAGAUAUGAUUGAUGAUCAUAUCGCCCAUCAAAAGGUUGGUUUAGGAGGUCAGUCGAAAUUGAAACUACUGGUUCCUAGUAUUGGUACAUUCUUCACUCGACUUCCACUGGCCGACGCCUUUAGAUAUCAGGAUAGGAAACGUUUUAUUUCGUCAAGAAGAUUUGUUCCUCCUUCCUUCAACGAUAUUAGGGUGAUUUUGAACACUGCUCAACUCAUGGGAGUUACCUCUGCUGGCUCGGUGGAUUUAGCUACCUUUGAUGGUGAUGUUACAUUAUAUGAUGAUGGUAAAAGUCUCGAGCCUACGAAUCCCGUUAUUGAGCGAAUUAUCAGUAGGUCCGACAACUUUCCCUUGCAUGGUCAGAUACUGAUGGCUAUAGAUCUCAUGAGCCAUAACACAAAAAUUGGGAUUGUAACGGCAGCUGGUUACAGUGAGGCCGAAAAAUAUUACGGGAGACUCCAUGGAUUGUUGGAAGCAAUCAAAGUGUCUACCAUUCUUACACCAGAGCAAAAGCAGAAUCUUAUUGUCAUGGGUAAAUCAACUUUCGUUCAGCUCUUUUCCAAAGUUUCAUUUCUUUCAUCUCUUUCCAUUACGAUUCGUCUUACCUUUGCACUCACUCACUUACAUACCCGACUGUUUCAAAAUUCUCGUCCCGCGCCUUCUAACACUACAUCAGGUGGUGAAUCCAACUUUCUUUUCACGUAUGAUUCUAAUUCCCCUCACCUUCUAACUCAUCACCACCGCCGCUCUUGGAUUCUGCCCAGCAUGUCCACUUGGACUCAGCCGAACAUAACCGCUCUUCUCGAUCUCGCAGAAUCCUCUCUUCGUGAAUGUGUCACCAACCUAGCCUUGCCCGCCACUAUCCUUCGAAAAGAACGAGCUGUUGGAAUUAUUCCUCAGGAGCCAGGCUUCAAAUUUGCACGAGAACACCUCGAAGAAACCGUACUAGUUGUACAAAAAAAGCUUGAAAUGUCGGACGUUGGUCGUUCGUUGCCCUUCUGCGCUUUCAAUGGAGGAAACGAUGUUUUCGUGGACAUUGGCGAUAAGAGCUGGGGAGUAUUGGUUUGCCAAAAGUUUUUUGGUGGAAACGUCGAAGAUGAAAGUCGGUGGAUUAAAGGGGAAAGAACAUUGCAUGUUGGAGAUCAAUUUUUGAGUGCUGGAAGCAAUGAUUUCAAGGCGAGAGUGGUGGGUACUACGGCUUGGAUUGCAAGUCCCAGGGAGACAGUGGAAUUGUUGGAUGAGCUAGGAGGAUUUAUCCAGAAGAAGUAG